CCGCCCCGUCUGCCGGCUUUCCCAGGCUAUUUAAGGGACCGUACUGCCACCUCGGCUGCGUGGUCCUCCGGUCCGAGUCUGAGGAGCUCCGCAGUCAUGGCCAGCCACCUCGUGCUCUACACCGGUGCCAAGAUGCCCAUCUUGGGGCUGGGCACCUGGAAGUCCCCUCCAGGCAAAGUGACAGAGGCUGUGAAGGUGGCCAUUGACCUUGGGUACCGCCACAUUGACUGUGCCCACGUGUACCAGAACGAGAACGAGGUGGGGCUGGGCCUCCAGGAGAAGCUCCAAGGGCAGGUGGUGAAGCGUGAGGACCUCUUCAUCGUCAGUAAGCUGUGGUGCACAGACCAUGAGAAGAACCUGGUGAGAGGGGCCUGCCAGACGACCCUCCGCAACCUGAAGCUGGACUACCUGGACCUCUACCUUAUCCACUGGCCCACCGGCUUCAAGCCUGGCCAGGACCCUUUCCCGCUGGAUGGCGACGGCAACGUGGUUCCUGAUGAGAGCGAUUUUGUGGAGACGUGGGAGGCCAUGGAGGAGCUGGUGGACGAAGGGCUGGUGAAAGCCAUUGGCGUCUCCAACUUCAACCAUCUGCAAGUGGAGAAGAUCUUAAACAAACCUGGCCUGAAAUACAAGCCAGCCGUUAACCAGAUCGAGGUCCACCCAUACCUCACUCAGGAGAAGUUAAUCGAAUACUGCAAGUCCAAAGGCAUCGUGGUGACUGCCUACAGCCCCCUCGGCUCUCCCGACAGGCCCUGGGCCAAGCCUGAGGACCCUUCCCUCCUGGAGGACCCCAGGAUCAAAGCGAUUGCAGCCAAGUACAAUAAAACCACAGCCCAGGUUCUGAUCCGGUUCCCCAUGCAGAGGGACUUGAUCGUCAUCCCCAAGUCCGUGACGCCUGAACGCAUUGCCGAGAACUUCCAGGUCUUUGACUUUGAACUGAGCCCUGAGGAUAUGAACACCUUACUGAGCUACAACAGGAACUGGAGGGUCUGUGCCUUGAUGAGCUGUGCCUCCCACAAGGAUUAUCCCUUUCACGAGGAAUAUUGAAGCUGGGGGCGCCUGCCCUUCCCCAAGUGACCUGCUGUUUCCCUCCUCGCUUCCCCCCUGCCCAGUGGAGCUUGGCCCCUGUCCCUCGGCAGCGGGUCAGCGACCCACCGAGGCGCCAGUGGGCGCUUGGCCUGCGUAGUGUGGGGCCCGAAGAGCACUACCUGUAGAUUGGAAGUCCCUCCAGUUUUCUUCGCCCCCUCUUCUUGUCCAGCUGCGGACAGCGCGCCGUGAAUACCCUUUUCUAAGUUGAAUUUUCAAAGUGAAAACAGCACCUCUAACAGUUGGAUUUUGACUGCUUGGAACUGUGCUCCUUUCAGCUAGACUUUUCCUUGCCUCAAAUAAAAAGUGCUCUUAUGA